AUGCACUGUGGAAAGACAAGCCAACGGCCGCUACAUCCUCUGGCCACCCAGGAGCGAAUGGAGCGCAAUGGACAUGUGGAUUUGUCUACCGCAAACAAACACGACGCUCACAUAAUACGACUAAGGAACCACGUUGACCGGAAAGCCGUUUUGAAAGACGUCAGCAUGUGUUGGGACGGGCAAAGACGUCAGAAAAUCAUGCCCAAAGAGACAGACAAGUUGCCCGUUAUUGACACAGGAAUUUGCACGCGUCAUUCUCAGCCAUCAAGAAGACAAGGUCCAAAACUGGCUAAAGACCAGUUAACUUCCAACAAGGGUGUGCGAUUUUCACCUUGUCUUCCACCACUGACCAACCCAGGAAGCCAAAGGAAGACCAGACAGACGACCUUGGAGAUCAGACAGGGCAAAGGCCCUAAACUGGCUAAAGGCCAGUUAACUCCCAACACAGGUCUGCAACCUUCAAUUUGUCUGACCAACUCCGAAAGCCAAAGGGAGUUCAGACAGACGACCUUGGACAUCAGACAAGGCAAAGGAAAUAUCGACCAUUUCGGAAGAGCCAUGCAACUUAAGGAGUUGAAGGAAAAACUUCUCACUGAAAUUGAGAGAGAAACAGAGUUGAAGUCUUCUCAGACGGAGGAUGAAAGGUAUUUGAAUCAUCUGAGAAAAAACUUAACAGAUCUCGUGCAGGAAACGGAAGGAACGAUGAGAGAAACGAUGGAAAUUUCUGCCAAGAGCAAUGAAGUUCGGGAGACAUUGACAUAUAUGAGACGGCAGAUUGCAGACUUACAGGCAAGACAAACCCGGAUUACGUGCAACAGUGAGAGACUGCAGGACGCAUACGUCAAAUUAGAGGAUGAGCUGACCAGAGAAAUUCCAGACGUCAUGAAAAUCCUAUGCCGAAAUGUGUCAAAUAAGGUGGAUGUCUCAAGAGUUCAAAACAGAUUUGCUAGCUUUGUGGAACAAAGGAAAGUGGUACAACAGAAGGCUUCCGCCUCAAUCAUCCGAGAUGCUGCAAAAACGCAACCCCAAGCAGGUGUGCCACAUGAUAAAGGAAAGAUCACAUCGAAAACUAAAGGUCUUUUCCACAAACUGACUGCAAGGAUUUUGGGAGGCAGAAAAAAAAGACACGAUGGUGAUGUCAACGCAUCGAGGAGUGAAUCCCCAGUUCAGUACAUCAGGCGAACAUCUAAGAAAUUGAUCGGCAGAUUUAAAGGACGAAACCAAAUAACGCCAAUCCCCAAGGAAGACUAGAUGGUUGUAACACGGAAGACAUAUUAAAGCCAUGAAUUUUAUGUGAGGUUAAGGGGAAACAUUUUUCUUGCUUAAGCGUGCUUUUUAAACAAAAAUUAAACAUAAUCAUAAUUUCAUAAUUGUUUGACAUCACUGACAAAAUAAAGCUGAUGUACAGACACUGGCCUUUGUACAAAAGAGUUACAUCUUCUUAC